AUGUUUGAAAAAUUAACUGAUGAUAUUGUAACAAAAAUCCCUUUAAAAAUGGAGAUCUAUCUAUCUAUCUAUCUAUCUAUCUAUCUAUCUAUCUAUCUAUCUAUCUAUCUAUCUAUCUAUUUGAAUGGCAUUAUUUUGAGAAAAAAUAAAUGCUUCUUUCUUUCUUUCUUUCUUUCUUUCUUUCUUUCUUUCUUUCUUUCUUUGGUGCAUAUAGUUUCUUUUUUUCUUGUUUGUGCAGUGGCUGUAGCAGUUAAUGCACUUGUCUUAUCUAUCUAUCUAUCUAUCUAUCUAUCUAUCUAUCUAUCUAAUUUAGUUUGUUCUCUAUUUCUUUCUUUCAGUAUGUCAUAUCUAAUUAACUAUCUCAAUAUAUUCUCAUCCCACUCUCUCUGUCUCUCUAUAAAUAUAUAUCUGUCUACUUUUAUUUACCCAUGUAUUAUCUAUGUAAUUAACUUAAUGUGUUGUUAUCUCACUCUCAUUGUCUACUUCUAUCUAUCUAUCUAUCUAUCUAUCUAG